UGGAGACAAUUUUUGGGUACAAAGUGUGGUGGGAUCGGACCAUCUCGGUUUCGGUCGGUUGCGAUCUGCCAUUCCCUCUUGACAUUCAAGUGCGCCAGGUUUCAGCGACAACGCAAAGCACGUCGCGUCGUCAAGAUGGGCUUCAUACACAUUGACGAUAUACGGAGCCAACAUGAGCACUUGAACGGCAGUGCCGAUGUAUUGGCUAAGAACGAGCCAAAUGGUACCAGCGCUAGAUCCUUUAAGGUCGCCGGCCUUAUCGCUGAUCAGGUCUCCACGCCAACACGCAUGAGGGAGGAGAUUGUCCUUUUGUCCUGGCUCAUAGUCCUUCUACGAACCAGAGAAGACGGACGUAUUAGCUAUGAAUGGGCAUAUCAGAACCAAAGAGAUUGGUCGAAUGGCGAAGUCGCAAACAAGCUUUCUACCGAGGAAGUACUCCCAAGAUUGCAAGAUAGUGUGGGAGACAGCCUGGCUGCUGUUUCUCGUCACAUCGAGAGUGUGAAAGCAAAUUUGACGGCGGAGCCCAGCUCUACGUCACUUUUGUUGAGCACUGGAUCUCUACUGGAGAGCUCUGAUGGCGCUAAGAAUGAUGGCGUGCUCAAGCUCCAAGUUUCAAUGGAGAAUGGAGACCUCAAUAUUCACCUAGUAUGGCACUCUGACAAUAUUCUGCCAUAUACAAUUACCAGACACAUUGAGUCCUUGGUGGAUACCAUCGAAAUCUGUAUCUCCAGUCCUGAAAAGGCCAUCGGAGACUGUCUUCGUGCCACAAAGCACGAUCUUGAUACGGUUUGGAGCUGGAAUCAUGAGCUUCCUCCAACAUACGACUUUUGCAUGCACGAGAUGAUUUCUGAGCGUGCUCGGGAAUUCCCCGACAAAGAGGCUAUUCUGUCUUGGGAUGGUGCUUUGACGUACGGCGAAAUUGACCGCUUCUCAACAGUGCUCGCGUCUACGCUUCAAGAAGCGGGUGUCGUACUUCAUGACUUUAUCCCUGUGUGCUUUGAAAAGUCAAGGUGGACAAUUGUCGCUGUACUUGCCGUAAUGAAGGCAGGUGGCACUAUUGUCCUUAUGGAUCCCACGCUACCCUUGGCCCGGCUUCAGAAUAUGGCAAAGCAAGUGAAUGCGAAGACAAUGGUGUCAUCCGAACUUCAACGGGAACUAGCAUCAUCAAUCCUACCGGACGGACAGAAAUUUGUCGUGAACGAAGACAUCUUUUCGCAAGUCUCGAAGACUCAAGUGUUGCCAGAGCUCCCAACAGUACCGGCCUCUGCUUUAAUGUACAUUAUCUUCACAUCUGGAAGCACGGGCACUCCCAAGGGUGUCAAAAUCUCCCACCAAACAUAUACCAGCAGUGCUAUUCCACGAGCGAAAGCCGUAGGCUAUACGCCCACUUCCAGAGUUCUCGACUUUGCAUCGUACGCUUUUGAUGUCAGCAUCGACAGUAUGCUGCUCACUCUGGGGAAUGGUGGCUGUCUUUGCAUUCCCUCAGACGACGAUCGGCUGAACGACAUCAACGAAGUCAUUCGGAAGAUGAGAAUCAACUACGCCGGUAUUACCCCGUCGAUGGCUCGAAUCUUAGAUGCCGAUGUCAUCCAAUCGCUCGAUAUCCUCGGUCUAGGUGGAGAAGCUGCAGCUGCCACGGAUGUGACAGUUUGGGGUCGAGAUACCAGGAUCGUCAUUGGUUACGGCCCCUGCGAAUGCACGAUCGGAUGCACCAUCAACAGCAGUGCUGCAACAGGAAGAGACUACAUCUCCAUCGGACAUGGCAACGGUGCGGCCAUGUGGAUUGUCGACCCCAACGAUCAUGAAGUUUUGAUGCCGGUCGGAGCCGUUGGUGAGCUUCUUGUCGAAGGCCCCAUCGUCGGACAAGGCUACUUGAACGACCCCGACAAGACUGCAGCUGCAUUCAUUCACGACCCAUCAUGGCUUGUGACUGGUCACAAGGGAUAUCCUGGCAGACAGGGUCGUCUAUACAAAACUGGCGAUCUCGGUGUCUAUGAUCCUGAUGGCUCUGGAGGCAUCGUAUUCGUCGGUCGCAAGGAUACUCAAGUCAAGUUACGCGGGCAGCGUGUGGAGCUUGGAGAGAUUGAAAGUCAACUUAAUGCCAGGCUGCCCUCGGAAGCAACGGUUAUUGCUGAAGUCAUUGUACCUCAGGGAGCCGGCGGCCAGUCAACACUCGUCGCGUUCGUUUCCUUCCAGUCAGCCAAGGGGCAAGAACAGCUGGAAAUCCAAUCAGCUGAGCUCGUUCCUGAACAGAGCCAACUCCUCUCUGAUGCCAACGCAGAAAUAUCCAAGGUUCUGCCACGAUACAUGGUCCCCACAUCUUACAUCCCCGUCAAUUAUAUCCCCACAUUGAUCUCUGGGAAGACCGACCGUAAGCGACUUCGGCAAUUUGGUACCACUGUCGACUUGCGAGAGCUGGAUCAACGUGCUGGAAACGCCAUCUCGCGAGAGCUGACCGAACUUGAACAACGCCUUAGACAAGCAUGGGGUGCAGCAUUGAAGCUGGAUGCAGAGGGUAUUCGGCUGGAGGAUAAUUUCUUCGCCCUUGGUGGCGACUCCUUGGCUGCAAUGCGUCUCGUUUCCAUCUGCAGGGACGAAGGCCUCGACCUGUCCGUGACUAGCACCUUCGGCAACCCAACCCUUUCGGCAAUGGCCGAGGUUGUUCAGCUUUGCGAUACGCAAGUGCGGUCUGAGGUUGCUCCAUUCUCAAUGAUCACACAAGCUGUCGAAAGUGCUUCCCUGGAGGCAUCACAGGCUUGUGGAGUGGAUCAGGGUGCGGUCGAGGACAUCUAUCCGUCUACGCCUACGCAAGAGUCCCUGUUCACCUUUUCGCUGAAGUCGGUCAAAGCAUAUGUGGCCCAAAGAGUUGCGUGCAUCCCAGAACAUAUCAGCAUCGAUGCCUGGAAGCAAGCAUGGGAGGGCGUUGUCGCCACAAGCCCAAUUCUGCGCAGCCGCAUGGUGCAACUACAAGACCCUGGCCUUCAACAAGUUGUGCUGAAAGUCAACGUUGACUGGAAGCACUCCUUCAAUCUCGAUCAGUACCUCGAAGAUGAUCGCAGUGAGAAGAUGCAUCUUGGACAAAGCCUUGCCCGAUAUGCUAUUGUAGACAAUUCCAUUGAUGGCAAGCGUUAUAUGGUUUGGACCGUGCAUCACGUCCUCUACGACGGCUGGUCGGAGCCAGUCAUUCUCGAAAAAGUUCGCAAUGCGCUGGCGGGUCAAAGUGUUGAAAUGCAGGCACAUAUGAAGGACUUCGUCAAGUUUAUCCAGGAUACCGAUGAGGUCGCCAUGAAAGACUUCUGGCGCCAGGAGUUGAACGGCGCCGUUGGACCUCAGUUCCCACGCCUUCCAUACCGAGACUACUUGCCUACUGCAAACGGCAUGGUCGAGCGUAUCAUUCCCUUCGAGGCUGGUGCCGGGUCGCCUUUCACGUUGGCAACAUUCAUUCGGGGUGCAUGGGCUCUUGUCGCAUCUCAGUACACGCGCAGUGACGAUGUUGUGUUUGGCGAAACGCUUACUGGUCGUGACAUUUCACUCCCAGGAGUCGAAGGAAUCGUUGGCCCGCUCAUUGCGACCGUACCAAUUCGCAUCCAUGUCAGCCGGGAUAGCACCGUCGAGUCUUACCUGCAGGGUGUGCAGCAGAGCAUCCUUGCACGCACCCCUUACCAGCACAUGGGAAUGCAGAAUAUUCGAAAGGUUAGCCGCGAUGCUCAACAUGCAUGCGAGGCCGGCACCGGUUUGGUAGUCCAGCCCGAGCCGGAGUACGAAGGCAACGAUCUUGGUUUCAGCUAUGGUGAUGUUGUCCGCGAAGCUCUUCACUUCAAUCCUUAUCCCCUCAUGCUUGGCUGUGGAAUUCGGAAGGGAGGCUUCAGAGUCUGCGCAAGCUUCGAUACUGGAUUAGUCGGCGUGUCACAAAUGGAGCGAGUUCUGGCUCAGCUUGAAGUGGCCUGCUCUCAACUAGCCAAGGAUCUUUCGAGAAAGGUUGAUCAAAUCUCUUGCCUUCCCGAAGAAGAGUUGACACAAAUCUGGCGACGGAACCAGAUUGCUCCUCUAUCCUGGGACGAGUCAUCUGGAAAGCUCCGGGCCAAUGAAGAUAUCAAGCAAGGAUCGGCUUAUCCUCCAUCGGUGGUUCACUGGGUGUGUGAUCCACGGAAUCCUUCGUUGUUGUCACCCAUCGGUUGUCCUGGUGAGCUUUGGUUGGAAGGCGCAUUCCUUUCGGGCGAGACUACGCAGUCACCGGCUUGGCUCAUAGCUGGAAGCUCAGAGAUUUCCGGUCGAUCAGGAAAUGUACAGCCGACCGGUGAUAUUGUCCAGCAACAAGAGGAUGGAAGCCUCAUAUUUGUUGGCCGCAAAGACAACAUUGUCCCAGUGCAGGGACAUGCAGUUGAUAUCGCAGAUCUCGAGACGCAUUUCCCGAGGUACCUCCCCCCUACGACCCGUGCGGCUGCGGCCGUCAUCCAACCAUCGCAGGACGAGUCAAGUCAGACGUCGGAACUGCAACUGGCCGUGUUUGUUGAGGGCCAGGCAUCUGAGGGCGACACUAUCAAGCUCAUGUCGGAGAGCCAUGAGGUCGUGUGGGACUUGUCCGACCCUCACAGUCUGAAGACCUCAGUUUGCGCCUCCGCACCCAUCGCCCUUGUUGUAGCGCUGAAGCGUCUCGACAAAUUCUUCCGAGAUUCACUCCCAACUCAUAUGGUACCUUCUACGUACGUUGUGCUUGACAAAUUGCCAACAAACCACAGUCUUGUGAACCAACUCGGCUCGAAGAUUCCCUGCCGAGUACUUGACCAAGCUCACGAAGGGCUACAAGAGGCGUGGAAGAACAUUCUUGCUCAAGCAAGCUUGACUGGACCUGAAAAUAUUUUGCGUUUCUCAUGGGCAAAGAUUCUUGGAAUGCAGGCAAACCAAAUUGAUGUUGACGACAAUUUCUUCCGCCUUGGUGGUGACUCCGUUCUAGCGAUGAAGCUGGUCUCUAGUCUUCGUGCCCAGGGUCAUUCGUUGACGGUUGCUGAUAUCUUCCAGCAUAUGCGCCUGGGAGAUGCCGCGAAGAGACUCAAGGUUGGACAGUCACCACAGGACAAAGUCCAGCCUUACAAGCCCUUCUCCAUUCUGGGGUCCAUCGACAUUCAGAAAUUCCUGUCGGAAGUUGUCCAACCGAAGCUUGCUCAUCCAAGUUGGUCAGUUCAAGAUGUCUAUCCCGUCACGGAUACUCAAGCACUUGAUAUCCGAGGAACCAUUCAAACCCCCCGGACCUCUAUGCAAUACAACAUGUUGUAUUUCGACACUGGCAUCGAUCGUCAGAGAUUGUUCCAAGCCUGCAGAGAUCUUGUCAAGACCCAUGACAUUCUGCGGACUGUAUUUAUCGAGGAGAAUGGUACUUUCCUCCAAGUUAUCCUGAAUGAAUUGGAUGCUCCUUUGAGCACGCACCUGGCAGAUAGAGAUCUUGAUUCAUUUGUCAAGGACCUCUGCGCAGAGGAUGUUGAUUCCGACUUCCAGCUUAGCUCACCAUUCUUCAAGUUCAUCCAUGUCGCGGGCGAUGAAGGAAAGGAAUGUCUCAUCCUCGGCAUAUCUCAUGCUCUUUAUGACGGCAUGUCGCUCCCCAAACUCCUUCAAGACUUGGAGGCGCUGUAUAUCGGAAAGGCAGCCGUUGACUUCGAGCCCUUCUCUUCCUACAUGGCACGUAUUCGUGACAUCCGCUUCCAAACAAAGUCCCUUGGCUACUGGAGCACUUUGCUCGACGGCUCAUCUUUAUCUGUUCUGGACGGAACAUCCUAUCAGCCAGGAGAUAAGGGCGUGUUCAAGUCCAAGCCAGUUGAAUCAUACCAGCCCUUGGAAGACAUUACAACUGCAAACUUGCUGACUGCAGCGUGGGCUCUGCUUCUAGCUCGUCGUCUCAAAAAGUCGGACGUGACAUUCGGAGGUGUUACCUCCGGCCGUAUGAUCGAGCUUGCGAACGUGGAGAAUGUCGUCGGCCCAUGCUACCAGCUCACUCCCAUUAGAGUCCAGUUUGAGGCGGAGUGGACAGCUUCCAACCUCCUGCAAUUCGUUCAGAAGCAGAGUGCCGAGUCUGCAGCCCACGAUUUCCUUGGGUUCGACAAGAUUGCCAAGCAGUGCACUUCAUGGCCAUUGGACACCCAGUCUUUUGACUCCAUUGUCCAUUAUCAAGACUUUGAUGACUUUGACACCAUGCCUUUUGCUGAAGGGUCAUGCAGAGUUGAUAUCUCAAAUCCCCAUGGCGAUGCACCGUAUCCAUUCAAGGUUGUCUCGUUCGUGCGGGGUGGUAACGUGCACGUCGGAGCCGUCGGGUCCGAAAGGGACUCGGCCGUCGUGGUCGAAAUCCUCGAUGAUCUUGCUACAACUGUUGUGGAGCUUUCAAAAUGCUCUUCAGAUGUUUUGCUUGAUGGGGAGUUGUUCUAGUUUGACUUAUAUGCAGUAGACAUGUUCAUCCUCACGAGCAGGGGCAGAAUUGACUCUGCCGAGGUUUUCAUUUUUUCAUAAUAUUUUUAGCUUUCUACUUGGUAUAUAGCGUCAGGAAACUUUUUAGAAUGCAAGCUUUUGCCUUCGAUUUCUCACCU